AUGCAAGGCAAUUCCUUUGAUGAGAAUAUGAUCAUCAAGGAGAAUAGGACGUUAUUUUUGCAAACAAGCAAGGGAUUCAUAUCCUAUCUAGAACUUGAAAAUGAAGUGUUCAAACCGAUAGGCUAUCGCAUCUCCUCAUACAGUGAACCUGUGCCAGUGCUGAAACAAAUGAAAAAACGAACUUGUCAGGAAGUUUUCGAUGAAUGGUCAAUAAUAGCUCGAAGUCACCAUCCUGGAAAAAAAAUCGUAGAAUGGAUACCAGAACCACUUUUUAACAAAUUUUCUAUGAAUGGCCAUGCAAUGAUUCACACAUGGUAUUUACAUGAAGAAAAUUCAGUAGAACGAGUCUGGAGGAGAGAUGAAAUCAAUAAGUUUAUAAAGCAAGAUCCGUAUUCGUUUUUAAACUAUGGACAAGAAGGAAUAGCAGUUCAUUAUGCAACAUUACGUCACAAAAUUCGUGGAAAUAUAGGAUUAGUGAUAGGCACGAUUAUUCCAUGGGUGGAAGUAAUCUGCAUCAGGAAUGGAGCUAAAAAGAUGAUUACUGUGGAUUACAAUAAUAUAACAAUUGAUCAUCCCCAAAUGGAAUACCGCAAUGCGAUCAAUUUAGCAAUUCAGUGGAAAAAUUGUAGUGAAGGUUUCGAUUUUGUUAUCGCUUUUUCGAGCAUUGAACAUAGUGGCCUUGGUCGUUAUGGUGAUCCAUUAGACCCGAUGGGAGAUAUUCGAGAAAUUCGCAAGAUCCAUUGCUUUCUUAAAAAAGAUGGAUUGCUUUUCUUAGGCUUACCAAUUGAUUAUAUGGAUCAUUUAGUGUUUAACGCACAUCGAAUUUAUGGACCACUGCGAGCAUCAAUACUUUUUGAAGGUCCAUGAUUUCAAGUGAUUGAUGUUUUUUGGAAAGAAGAAAGAAUUCCAUUUGAUUCAAAUGUAUUCAAAGCAGAACAACCGAAACCAGUCUAUGGCAAUCUUCAUCGAUUAUUUGUUCUCAAAAAAUUAUAA